AUGGAAGAGCAGGACCCAGAAGGACCUGGACCGGGCAAGAGAUCAAGAAAAGGCCCCCAGCCUAUCCAAGCUGGGAGUGGCAUGGAAUUCUGGGAGAAAGCUGAGCCAGAGACCUGGGAUCAGGAGCCUCUGAACUCAGAAGUACAUUGGCGACGCUUCCGGCAGUUCCGCUACUGUGAGGCCGAUGGGCCGCGAGAGGUUUGCAGCCAGCUCCAUGGACUUUGCAACCACUGGCUGAAGCCAGAGAGACACACCAAGAAGCAGAUCGUGGACCUGGUGAUCCUGGAGCAGUUCCUAAGCCUCCUGCCCCAGGAAAUGCAGCGCUGGGUCAGAGGAUGCGAGCCAGAGACCAGUUCUCAGGCGGUGGCCCUGGCUGAAGGCUUCCUCCUGAGUCAGGCAGAGGAGAAGAGGCAGGCUGAACAGAGGUGGGGUCCAUCCGUGAAGAUGGAAGCUGAGUUCUGUGAGAUGGAAAGAGCUCUGUUGGAGGAAUGGCAGCGGGCCCAGGCCCAGGAGCAUGGCCAAGAUGCCCUCUUACGCGGCGUGGAAGAGACAGUGUUGAUCCAUUUUGUUUGCGAAGGUGUGGAAACAGCUGUUUCACCUCUAGUCCAGUCUCCAGUUUCCUUUGAGGAGGUGACCGUACAUUUCACUGAGGCAGAGUGGGCCAUACUAGAUCCAGACCAAAAAGCUCUCUACAGGGAAGUCAUGAUGGAGAACUAUGAGGGCAUGGCCUCUCUUGAAGGGGGUGAUCAGUGGAAGGUGGGUGAUGAGGAACUGCAUCAACUCUUAACAGAUGAAGUGAAGAGUGAUUUGAAAAGAAACUUCAGGAAUCAAGGCAGACUUAAGAGGCAGAAAGGAAGUCACAUAGUCGAGAAGAAAGAUAAAUCAAUUUCUGACAAAAGACGGGAUUUCCGUAAACAAGGCCACAUGGUGGAGGAAGCAUAUAAGUGCUCUGAGUGUGGAAUGAACUUCUCAAAUCAAAUCCAAUAUGAUAUCCAUUUGCAAAUGCACACUGGAAAGGAGACCCAUCAAUGCUUGGAGUGUGGCAAGAGCUUCCUUCAUAGAGCAGAACUCCUUAGGCAUCAAAGAACACAUAAAGGAGCGAAACCUUAUAGCUACACAGACUGUGGCAAGAGCUUCUCACAGAAAUCAGACCGUCUUGAACAUGAAAUAAUUCAUUCAGGAGAGAAGCCAUUUAUCUGCACAGAAAGUGGAAGGAUGUUCUCUUGUGGAAGAAAAGGAAAUGCACUUUUCCCGAAGCAUAGAAUAAUGGGGGCACAUAAAUGCUCUUUGUGUGGAAAGAACUUCAGAUACAGAUCAAAGCUCCUUGUGCACAAAAAACAACAUACAGGGGAGAAACGGGAGAAACCUUUUGAAUGCUCAGAGUGUGGAAAGAGAUUCAGUCAGAGUGGCAAUCUUCAAAGCCAUCAAAGAACACACACAGGGGAGAAACCUUUUGAAUGUUCAGAGUGUGGAAAGAGAUUCAGUCAAAGUAGCAAUCUUCAAAUACAUCAAAGAACACACACAGGGGAGAAACCUUUUGAAUGCUCAGAGUGUGGAAAGAGAUUUAGUUGCAGUGGUGAUCUUCAAAUGCAUUUAAGAACCCACACAGGGGAGAAACCUUUUGAAUGCUCAGAGUGUGGAAAGAGAUUCAGUCGCAGUUCCACUCUUCAACUGCAUCAAAGAACUCACACAGGGGAGAAACCAUUUGAAUGCUCAGAGUGUGGAAAAAGAUUCAGUUGCAGUAGCCAUCUUCAAGGGCAUUUAAGAACCCACACAGGGGAGAAACCUUUUGAAUGCUCACAGUGUGGAAAGAGAUUCAGUCGCAGUGGCAAUCUUCAGCAGCAUCAAAGAACGCACACAGGGGAGAAACCUUUUGAAUGCUCAGAGUGUGGAAAGAGAUUUAGUUGCAGUGGCAGUCUUAAAAAGCAUUUUAGAACCCACACAGGGGAGAAACCUUUUGAAUGCUCAGAGUGUAAAAAGAGAUUUAGUCGCAGUUACCAUCUUCAAAUACAUCAAAGAAUCCACACAGGGGAGAAACCUUUUGAAUGCUCAGAAUGUGGAAAGAGAUUCAGUCACAGUUACUAUCUUCAAAGCCAUCAGAGAACCCAUACAGGGGAGAAACCUUUUGAAUGCUCAGAGUGUGGAAAGAGAUUCAGUCAAAGUAGCAGUCUUCAACAGCAUCAAAGAACGCACACAGGGGAGAAACCUUUUGAAUGCUCAGAGUGUGGAAAGAGAUUCAGUUACAGUUGCAGUCUUCAAAACCAUCAAAGAACACACACAGGAGAAAAACCUUUUGAAUGCUCAGAAUGUGGAAAGAGAUUCAGUCAGAGUGCCAAUCUUGAAAAGCAUCAAAGAACCCACACAGGAGAGAAACCUUUUGAAUGCUCAGAGUGUGGAAAGAGGUUCAGUCAGUGUAGUUAUCUUCAAAUACAUCAAAGAUCCCACACAGGGGAGAAACCUUUUGAAUGUUCCGAGUGUGGAAAGAGAUUCAAUCGCAGUUUCACUCUUCAACAGCAUCAAAGAACGCACACAGGGGAGAAACCUUUUGAAUGCUCAGAGUGUGGAAAGAGAUUUAGUUGCAGUGGUGAUCUUCAAAAGCAUUUAAGAACCCACACAGGGGAGAAACCUUUUGAGUGCUCAGAGUGUGGAAAGAGAUUCAAUCGCAGUUUCACUCUUCAACAGCAUCAAAGAACGCACACAGGGGAGAAACCUUUUGAAUGCUCAGAGUGUGGAAAGAGAUUCAGUUGCAGUAGCCAUCUUCAAGGGCAUCUAAGAGCCCACACAAGGGAGAAACCUUAUGAAUGCUCAGAGCGUGGAAAGAAAUUUAGUCGCAAUGGCACUCUUCAACAGCAUCAAAGAACCCACACG